AUGGCUGAAGCUAGAUUUUCAGAAAUUGAUAAUCAAUUUGCUGGAGGUUUAGAUAUUUAAAAAAUUGCUAAAUUAGAUAAACUAUUAUCAAAAGUGGAUCAUGAUUUCAAAUAAAAAUAAUCUAAAGAUUUGACGAAACCAAAAUUAAUGGAAUUAAUGAAAACAAUGCAUGAAAUAUAUUAGAUAGUUUUAUAUGAAAUUAGUGAAAUGCUAGAAGUUGCACACUUUAGUGAAUUGAGAUAAGCUUUGAAUAAAAUUUAUAAUGGCUAGAAUUUGAUUGUUCAUUAUAUAUUAAAGUAUGUAUUUGUUCACAAAAUAGAAUAAAUACUAAUUUUGAGGUACAACCUGAUAAAAUGCUUGAAAGUUUAUAGAAAAAUAUGACAUAAGCAAGAAGAAAAUCUGUUGAUUAAUCUGAAGAAAGAGAAACUAAUAAAAUGGCUCAUUAAAUAGUGUAACUGUAACCUGUAGUUAAGAAGAUGGUUAAGAAAGUGUUUGCAGAAAAAUGGACUGAUACUGGAGAAGAUAUGAAUAAUGCUAGAAAUCAAGAUCAUCUUAUAAAAAAGCAAAAGGAAUUAAUGGAUAUUUAAGAUGAUUUAGAUGAAGAUAGUUUGAAAAUUGCUGAAUUCUUAAAAAAUAGAAAACUUGAUUUAAUGGCUGUUGGAGAAUCAAAAGCAUAAGCUAAUUUAAAAGAAGUUUUGAAAGAUUUAGGAAAAAAAAGAAGAAUUACACAUGAAAUUGAUGAUGAGGCUGCAGAAAUUGAGGAAUAAUAAAAUAAGGAAAGAGAAUAGAUAUUUAAUUUAGAAAACACUCUUAUGGAUAGUAUAAGAGGAGUUUAAAAAUAAGCUUAAGAAAAAGCAUUAUAAGAUAUUAAAGCAGGUAGAGCAUUAAUGAAGAAUGGAUAAUUAGUUUAUAUGGAAGGAGUGGCAAGUUAGACAGAUAAAAUGAAAAUUGAAAUUGAAUUCUAAGAAAAGAUGUAGUAACAUAGAAAAGAAGGAGCAGAAAGAGAAUCCAAGAUUUUAUAAUUAGAAAGAAAGGUUAAAGAUUUAGGUAUUGAAAAAGAUGCAUAUAUUCAAUAAUUGAGCAAUAUAAAUAAUCAAUUAACUAAAGCAAAUUUAGAAAGUAGAAAAUUAUAGGAAUAAUUGAAAUCAAAGGAAAAGGCAAAUAAUGAAUAAUAGGCUGUAAUUAAUAAAACAGAUUCAGAAAAAAUAAGAAAAUUAGUUGAAGAUAAUAUAAAGAUGAAAUUCAGAAUAAAAAAUCUUAUAGAUAAUGUUGCAGGUUUAGAGAAAGAGUAUAAUAGAAGUUUAGAAAGGUUUAGAUUAUUUGUUUAAAAUUCUAAUAUAAGUGAAGAUCAAAAGAAAUUGAUUUUGAAUUAAUUAGAUAAUCUAUUGAGGUUUGAUUUUAAUGAAAAAUUAAAUUUAUAAGAGAUGAAAGAAUUAAUGGUAGUAGAUGAUUUAUUAAAAGAUCCUAUAUUUAAAUAAAUUUGUGGAUCUGAUAUUUCUGCAAUAACUAGAUAAGUCAAAAAAGAUGAAUUAACAAGAAAAUAAAAAUUAGCAAAAGUACCUUUUUAUGAUCCUUUGUUUGAUCCUGAAUAUUUAAAUCCUGGAGAAAAAAUAAUCACAAGAAAGGUNGAUGAUUUAGAUGAAGAUAGUUUGAAAAUUGCUGAAUUCUUAAAAAAUAGAAAACUUGAUUUAAUGGCUGUUGGAGAAUCAAAAGCAUAAGCUAAUUUAAAAGAAGUUUUGAAAGAUUUAGGAAAAAAAAGAAGAAUUACACAUGAAAUUGAUGAUGAGGCUGCAGAAAUUGAGGAAUAAUAAAAUAAGGAAAGAGAAUAGAUAUUUAAUUUAGAAAACACUCUUAUGGAUAGUAUAAGAGGAGUUUAAAAAUAAGCUUAAGAAAAAGCAUUAUAAGAUAUUAAAGCAGGUAGAGCAUUAAUGAAGAAUGGAUAAUUAGUUUAUAUGGAAGGAGUGGCAAGUUAGACAGAUAAAAUGAAAAUUGAAAUUGAAUUCUAAGAAAAGAUGUAGUAACAUAGAAAAGAAGGAGCAGAAAGAGAAUCCAAGAUUUUAUAAUUAGAAAGAAAGGUUAAAGAUUUAGGUAUUGAAAAAGAUGCAUAUAUUCAAUAAUUGAGCAAUAUAAAUAAUCAAUUAACUAAAGCAAAUUUAGAAAGUAGAAAAUUAUAGGAAUAAUUGAAAUCAAAGGAAAAGGCAAAUAAUGAAUAAUAGGCUGUAAUUAAUAAAACAGAUUCAGAAAAAAUAAGAAAAUUAGUUGAAGAUAAUAUAAAGAUGAAAUUCAGAAUAAAAAAUCUUAUAGAUAAUGUUGCAGGUUUAGAGAAAGAGUAUAAUAGAAGUUUAGAAAGGUUUAGAUUAUUUGUUUAAAAUUCUAAUAUAAGUGAAGAUCAAAAGAAAUUGAUUUUGAAUUAAUUAGAUAAUCUAUUGAGGUUUGAUUUUAAUGAAAAAUUAAAUUUAUAAGAGAUGAAAGAAUUAAUGGUAGUAGAUGAUUUAUUAAAAGAUCCUAUAUUUAAAUAAAUUUGUGGAUCUGAUAUUUCUGCAAUAACUAGAUAAGUCAAAAAAGAUGAAUUAACAAGAAAAUAAAAAUUAGCAAAAGUACCUUUUUAUGAUCCUUUGUUUGAUCCUGAAUAUUUAAAUCCUGGAGAAAAAAUAAUCACAAGAAAGGUCAUGAAACUUGUUAAAAGAUAAAACACUUAAGGAGAAUGGAUAGAAGAAGAAAUGGAAGUAGAAGAGGAAGUUGUUGUAAAUGCAUAAGGUGAAGAAUUAAGAGCUAGAGAUAAACCAAUUAUGAUUUAAUAAUCUAAAUAAACUUAAUAAUUUUUAGAGUAAUUUGGUGGAUUUGCUAUUGGGGGAGCUAAAAUAAAGAUUCCAACAAAACCUAUUACAAAGGAUGGACGUUAAGUAUAAUUGAAUGAAUGGUUUGAAGACAGUUCUGGUAAAAAAGUGAGGAAGGUCUAAGCUAAAGAUGGAGAAGAGACAUAUGAAGUAUAAGAAGAAUAUAUAGAUGAGAAUGGAAAAAAAUAAAUAAGGAUUAAAUAAAUGAAAGUAAAGAAAGAUAAAAAUGGUAAUGAUUAUGUUGAAGAAGAAUUUAUUGAUGAAAAGGGUAAAAAACAGAAAGUAGCUAAAGUAUUUAUAAAAUAAUAAAAAAUUAGAGAGUAACUAAAGACAAAGAUGGUAAUGAUAUUAUUGAAGAAAUUACUAUUGAUGAAUAAGGUAAUAAAACAACAAAAAAAUAAAAAGUUUAUAAAGAUAAAGAUGGUAAUGAGGUUGUAGAAGAAGAAAUUACUGAUUAAUUUGGUAAUGUAACAACAGUUAAAAGAAAGAUAGUUAAAGAUGCUAAUGGAAAUUAAGUUAUUAUAGAAGAAAGAACUGAUGCAAAUGGAAAUAAAUCUAUUGCUACUAUAAAAAAGAAUCAAUUUGGAUAAGAUAUUAUUCAAGAAUAAAUUAUAGAUAAAAAUGGAAAAAUAUAAUAAGUGGAGAAAAAAAUGAUUGUGGAAAAUGGAAUUGCUAUAACAGAAGAAGUUAUGUUAGAUGAAAAUGGAAAUAAAAUUAUCAAAAGAACUAAAAUUAAAAAAGAUGAGAAUGGAAAUGAUAUUAUUGAAGAAGAAACUAUUAAUCCUGAUGGAACUAUUACUAUCAAAACAUCUAAAAAGAAAAAGAAUCCUGAUGGUACAUAUACUGUAGAAUCAGAAAUCAUGGACUAAAAUGGAAAUGUCACUGUUGUUAAAUAACGUUAAUAUAAAGAUAGAAAUGGAAAUAUUAUUACUGAAGAAGAAUCUAUUGAUCCUUAAACAGGAGCAAAAAUUAUAACAAAAACAAUGAAAGAUUCAAAUGGAAAAGAAAUUGUCUAAAAAUAAAUUGUUGGGGCUGAUGGAAAAAUUACAAAUACAUAAAAACAAGUCUAAAUUGAUAAGGAUGGUCAUCCUAUUGAAGUUGAAAUUAUCCAAGGGGAAAAUGGAUAAUAACAAACUGUAUAAAGGAAGGUUUAUAAAGAUAGAAAUGGAAAUGAAAUCAAAGAAGAAAUUAUCACAGAUGAAUAAGGAAAUAAGAGAUUAAUUAAAACAAGAAUUAUAAAAGAUAAAGAUGGAAAUAACAUUAUUGAAGAAGUAACCACUAAUGCUGAUGGAAGUAAAAUUACAGUAAAAAAAAAAUAAUAUAAAGAUAAAGAUGGGCUUGAAAUUACAGAAAUUGAAACUAUUGAUGCCAAUGGAAAUAGGGUUGUAAUUAGAACUAAAAAAGGAUUAAAUGGAGAAUAAAUUAUAGAAGAAACUAGAAUUGGAAAGGAUGGUAAGGUAGAAAAAAUAAUAAAGAAAUUUAAUAAAGACAAGAAUGGUAAUAUUGUUGUAGAAGAGACUAAAAUCUCUUCAGAUGGAACUAAGAUUGUGAAAAUAAUAAAAUUAGGUACUGAAGAUAGAGAAAUUUAGACUGAAGGGAUCUUUGAUUUUAGUGAUAAAUCAUAGUCAUUAUUAGAUUAAAUUUUAGAGUAAUUGGGUAAUUUGGGAUUGGAAAAAAGUAAGUAAGAAUAAAUUAGAAAUUGGGUGAUGCUUAAAUAACAAAUUUAGGUUAAAAGAACAACAAAAUAAUAAUAGCAAAUGUAAUAACAUGAUUCUGAUGAGGAAGUAUUAAGACCUAGACCUUCAUCUGCUUAAUCUAAUAAAUCUUUAGAUUCUUUGGAUGAAGAUCAACCAGAAGAAGAUUAAUCGGAUAAACUUUAUUAAAGAUUAAUGUAAUCAAAAAAUGGAUAAAUGGGGGAAAUUCUGAGAUAAAUUAGAAACUAAUUAGGCAAGCAAGGUAAAUAUCAAUUUUAUCCUUAAAAUAGGAAAUGAGUCAAUUUCCCUUGAAGAAUUUAGAGAGUAUAUGAAAAAAAUGAGAUAGAUUCAUGCUCGUUGUGGUGAUAAUUGUCCUCAUUUAAGAAGGUUCUAUGAAAAAAUUGGUUUUGCUACAAAAAAAUAUAAGAGAAGGUUUUUAAAGAUGAACUUGACCAAAAUAGAUGCAAAAACUAAACUUCCAUAACUUUAAAAUUUUAGUACAAUAAAAUGA